AUGGCUCAACGCACCGCAGAGCUUGCUGACGAUCCUCAUCAGGAUGCCAUUAAAGCAUUGAAUUCGUUGCAAUCAAAUUUUGCGAUCGUUGAUGCGAUCAGGAAGUCUGGACGGGGGAUGAACCAACAAGCUAUUCCGGAGAUGAUUGAAUGGUGCAGAAGAAUUGGAUACGAGCCGUCUGAUUUGAACCGUCUUAACCCCAUCCAUAUCGCCGGAACGAAAGGCAAAGGAUCGACCUCUGCCUUCAUCUCUUCCAUCCUUACCCAGUACCUCCCAUCCGCGUCAGGCGCACCCUCUCAAGGUCCCGCUAAGAUUAAUAAAGUUGGUUUAUAUACAUCUCCUCACCUGCGAUUCGCUCGCGAACGUAUCCAGAUCAACAAUACCCCUCUGUCAGAAGAGCAGUUCGCCAAAUACUUCUUUGAGACAUGGGACCGUUUAGAAGAGUCCGCGCGGGCAGAAGGCAUGGAUCCUACUGAUCCUCGGGCGAAACCAGUCUAUUUCCGGUUUUUAACGCUCAUGGCAUUUCACACUUAUAUGAGUGAAGGCGUGGAUGCGGCUGUGAUUGAAUGCGGAAUCGGAGGAGAAUAUGACAGCACAAAUAUAAUUGUUCAGCCAGCGGUAUGUGGUAUCACAAGCCUUGGUAUCGAUCAUGUCGCCGUCUUGGGAUCUACGAUUGAGGAAAUUGCCUGGCAUAAAGGGGGAAUUAUAAAGCCUGGUGCCAAGGCUUUCACCGCUCCCCAAGCGGAGAGCGCCCUGGAGGUUCUUUUCAAAAGAGCAAAGGAAAAGGGGACUGAGAUAGUAGUCGCCGAAGGCCAUCCCGAGCUUCAAAAAGGUGGGCCGGUGAAACUCGGCCUCGCCGGUGACUUUCAAUACACAAAUGCUACUGUAGCAGCUGCAGUUGCUGGUGAAUUUCUUAGGUUGAAGGGAGUGGAAGGUAUCCCAAAUGACAUCCUGAAGGAGCCAUUACCUGAAAAGUUUCGAAAGGGCUUAGAAGAUGCCAGACUAGGUGGCAGAUGUGAGACGCGUCGGGAGAGAAACGUUUCUUGGUACAUUGACGGAGGGCACACUCUUGAAAGCAUCCGGGUCGCCGGAGAGUGGUUUGCCUCCCAAGUGAUUACCAACACUUCUCCUGAUGCAGUCCCAAGCAGGAAGCCCAGGGUUCUAAUAUUCAACCAGCAGACUCGAGACAGUGUCGCGUUGGCACGGGCACUUUACCAGACCUUAGCUGCUGCUCUGGAGACGGAAAAGCCCUUUACCCAUGCUAUAUUCUGUACAAAUGUCACAUACAAAGAUACAGGAUAUAGGCCUGAUCUUGUCAGCGUGAACACCAAUGCCACUGACGUGGAGAAGUUGAGCGUGCAGAAGAACCUUGCCCAAACAUGGCAGGAGAUCGACCCCAGCACUGAAGUUCUGGUUCUUGGUACGAUCGAAGAGGCAGUCGAGUUUGUCCGUUCUCUCGCCGAUAAAGAAAGCGCCCCAUCUCAGGGCGAGAAUGAGGUCAAAGCCCUUGUCACAGGUAGCCUACACCUUGUGGGGGGCUUCCUCGAUGUGAUUGAGACCAAGCCUGGUCGGCUUCCAAACUAA